GUCAAAAAUUUGAUCUUCGAAUUCUCAGCUUCGAUACUCUUUUGUUUGUUUUCAUUCAGAUCCCAAUUUUUAGGGCUCCAAGGUCCUUUGAUUGCUUCGACUGGAAUCUCAAUUUUUAUCUGAAUUCCCCUAAUUCUUCAAGCUGGAUAGGCACCGAAGGGAUCGCCAUGAAAAUGGCGGCUACGAUGAUUCCUACCAUAACCACCGACCCCAUCAUAGAGGUCCACCUCGUCCCCAAGAUUCACGCUUCGAAGAAGAUGAUGAUGAAUUUAGCCGACGCCGUCGUCGACGUGGAAGCAGCCCUAGCAAUUAUCGAAUUGGAACUGGGGGCGGAGGUCGACGCUGGGAAGGUGACAGCCCUACGGAUUUUGAUGGUCCCGGAGAUGGAGGUUUCCGGCAGAUGAAUGGUCCUUCAGAUAGAGUAGAUUUUAAGCCCAUGGGUCCUCGCCAUGGCGGAAAUUUUCGGCCUAUGGGUUUUGCCUUCGAUGGUGGGUUUCAUCCCAUGGGUCCUAACGGUGGCGUAGGAGGAGAAGGGAAGCGGUCAAUAGCUGGAGCUGGCGUUGGCAGAGGAGGAUUCCGGUCUAGCGGGACUGUAAAGUUUCCGCCUUCAGAGAGUCCAGAGGGAAGGAGAUUUAUUCGUAAAGCAAUGGAGUCUGAUUAUUCUGUCAGACCGACUACACCACCGGUUCAACAACAUAUUUCGGGUCAGAAAAGAGGGUAUCCUAUCUCAGAGCAUGGCAACUUUCCUGGAACUGAUGAUUCUGAUUGUAGCAGUGUAGUCAAGCUUUUUGUUGGCUCUGUACCAAGGACAGCUAUAGAAGAAGAAGUCCGUCCUUUUUUCGAACAACAUGGAAAUGUUCUGGAGGUUGCUCUGAUCAAGGACAAGAGAACAGGACAGCAGCAAGGCUGCUGUUUUGUAAAGUAUGCAACUUCUAAAGAUGCCGAUAGAGCCAUUAGAGCACUGCACAAUCAGAUCACUCUUCCGGGGGGAACUGGUCCUGUUCAAGUUCGAUAUGCUGAUGGGGAGAGAGAACGCAUAGGUGCACUAGAGUUUAAGCUUUUCGUUGGUUCACUAAACAAGCAAGCCACUGAAAAAGAAGUUGAGGAGAUCUUCUUACAAUUUGGUCGCGUGGAAGAUGUCUAUCUCAUGCGUGACGAAUAUAGACAGAGUCGUGGAUGUGGGUUUGUUAAAUAUUCAAGUAAAGAGACAGCAAUGGCAGCUAUUGAUGGUCUCAAUGGAACUUAUACCAUGAGAGGUUGUAAUCAGCCACUGAUUGUUCGGUUUGCUGAUCCUAAGAGGCCUAAACCUGGCGAGUCAAGGGACAUGGCACCGCCUGUUGGACUUGGUUCAGGGCCUCGUUUUCAAGCUUCAGGACCCAGGCCUACCUCUGACCUUGGUGACCUUAGUAAGGAUGGCCACACAAAUCCUUGGCGUCCGCCGAAUCCACCAAACAUAGGCCCUCCAAGUAACACUAGGAUUCGUGGCAUUGGAAGUGACUUUUCCCCCAGACCAGGUCAAGCAUCGCUGGCUUCAAAUCAGGGUGGUCCAUUGGGUAGUUAUGGUGUUCCUCCCCUUAAUCCUCUUCCUGUCUCUGGAGUUUCAUCUUCUGCCUCAUUGCAACAGCAAAAACGGGCAGCUGGCCAGCAAAUAUCACCAUUACAAAAACCUCUUCACAGUCCACAGGAUUUCUCCCUCCGUCCACAAAUUAAUUUCCCUGGGGCCCAGGCCUCCUUGCAGAAUCCUUAUGGCUAUAGCAGCCAGACGCCUACCUCUCAGCUGCCGCCACAGCAAAAUGUCACUCAUGCAACUGCUCCUCAAACUCCAUUGAACAUUAAUCUACGGCCAACACCUGUGUCUUCUGCAACUGAUCCAUUUCCCCCUCGUUCCCAGCAGCAACCACUACAAAAGAUGCAACAUCCUCCUUCUGAGCUAGCUCAGCUCUUGUCACAGCAAACUCAGAGUCUACAAGCAACAUUGCAAUCAUCUCAGCAAGCAAUUUCUCAGCUGCAGCAGCAGGUGCAGUCCAUGCAGCAACCAAACCAAAAUUUACCACUCUCACAGAAUGGCCAAGCUGGUAAACAGCAGUGGGGUGGAUCUACAAUUCCUACAGUUCUUAGCACCACAGGUUCGACAGCAGUUACCAAUGUGCAAACAGCUGCGCCUGCAGUAAGUCAGAGCGUAUUUAUUGUCAAAUGUAACUGGACCGAGCAUACUUCGCCUGAUGGAUUUAAAUAUUAUUACAAUGGUGUAACGGGUGAAAGCAAGUGGGAAAAACCUGAGGAAAUGGUAGUGUUCGAACGAGAGCAACAUGAACAGAAACAGCAUCAACAGAAGCCAACUAUACAGCAGCCCCAGACCCAAUUACAGCCGAUGCAGCAACAAACACAACCAGUUCAUCAACAAUAUCAGGGCCAGCAAUUACAGCAGCCGUUUCAUUCUUCACUGUAUCCAACCCCAGGGGCCAGCCAUAUUGCUCAGUAUCCAUCAUUGCCAGUUGGUCAAAAUAGUCAGGAAUAUGGUCGGACACAUAUACCCAUGGGAGCUGCUUCAGUGAAUGAUCUGUCAAGAACUCAACAGAGCCGUCAAUCUCCCCAAGAAGUCAUGUGGAAAAAUAAAGCUUGAGGUGUAUGAAACGAGCAGCUAAAAUAUCUCAGGAACAACUACUAACUAGAUAGAAACUCAUGGAACUAACCAGUCAAGCAGAGGAAAAGCAGCAAUGGCAGUGGUCUUCGUAUCUGUUCUUUUUUUUUAUUAAUUUAACCCCUUCAGGUAUAAUAGAUAGGUGAUUCGACGACCAUCUGCAUUCUAUUUUUCUCUAAUCAGAUCUCUUAUUUUUCAUUUCAAGAGUUACCAAACAAAUGGUCUGUUGUAACAUAGCUAGCGCAAGUUAUGUCUCAUGUUGUGUUAGUAAUAGUAACUUAGCUGGGUAAACCAAACUUUGAUCCUGUGAGGAGUCUUAUAUAGUUAUAUAAAUAUAAGUAUGUACAUUUAUUAA